CCUACUGAAGAUCAGUUCUGAAAAGAAUACUGUCAACCGACUCAAAAAAGACAUUAGGCAACUUAAUGUUAGAUUGUCUGAACUUCAGGCUUUGUUGGAGGAGAAAGAAGCUCAGUUAUUUUGAUCAAGGAGUAAUGCUUCAUCAGUAUUGGAAGUAAGAAUGGGCCAGACAAACGGCACAAUGAGCUCCGUAACCGGGAUUCCAUCAACCGGUGUUCAUGAAGUGAGUGUUCUCCCAUCCAGGGUUUCUCAUGAAACUUGUGCACCUGCGAGUGAAGCAGAUUCAGCGAAGGAUUGGGUUGUUGCUGGACCUGCCGAGGUUUCAUCAGAAUUGAUCCCAUCGAAGUUUGCCCAAGGUUCAAGUUCUAAAUUAGACCGCCGUCUUGGAGAGAGUGGGACAAGUGAUACCCUUGAAAUGCUUCGGGAUGACUUUUAUAUUGAAACUGGCAGAGAAAUGGAUGGAGAAGAAGAAUUUUUGGAAGUGAAAGUAGAUUUUCAGGAGACAUUUUUAUGCCACACAUGUCCAAUCAGUCGGUGCCGCUUUUCUGCAUCAGGAAACAAUAUUGCCAGUGCUUCUGUGGAUGGUACUGUCAGGUAUUUAUGAUGAAAGCUGUUAACAUGCUGAGAUUACCUAUACCAGGAGAGUAAUGUGGGAGGCUGAUAAGCUAGUUGGAAUUUUUAAAGA